GCUCAAAUUGACACCUUUUGCUUUUUGAGCAAACUUGGACAACAUCACAGCCUUAUAGCAAAUUUGGGAUAUAUCGCAAUCAUGCCUCCAGCACGGCUACGGAAGGCUACCACCAUGGAGGUAGACGAUCUUAGUACCGCAAUGGCAAUAUGCUCUAUUGAACCAGGGCAUCUCGCGGGAAUGGCUACUGCAGCCGAGCCGAUUGACUUUGAAUCUGAUUCGGACGAUGACUCGUAUGUUCCUGACAGUAGAGACUCUGAAGAGGAUUCUUCUCUUGAGGAAGAUGAAGGUGACGAAGAGUACCGUGAUGGCGAUGAUUAUGACGAUCUCAUGGAGGAUGAUUGCAAACUUCUCCUCCAGGAAUCACAAAACAUGAAUACCGCAAGUUAUCACAUCGACGACGAUGACGACGAUGACAAUGUUUCAGAAUACUGUCCCAGCGACACUGAGGAAGAAAUUCGUCCUUGUCCUAAACCUUGGAAGAUCCGAGCACACAACGCGGUUGCCCAGCUGAGCCAGCUUUACAAUCUCCCGCCCACCACCCCACUUACUCACUGGAUCGCGCGCAUGAGAAAGUACAAUAGGCAUGAACACAGAUGGAUGGAUAAAGGCCCAGUAGUGCUUUACAUUCCCCCUGGACGCCCUGAUUGGCUGUGCGCGAACUAUCUCUACGGGAUGAAAAGUAUUGCACUGAAUAUGAAGAUUCCGGAGCAUUGGGCGCGCUAUCAGUCUUUCAGCGGCAAGUACGCACUCUUUUCAACUUGCGGCCACAAUGGGAUUUUCCGAUCCACGUGGAAAUAUCACCUUGUUCCCAUUACUUCCCUCAUUCCCAACCAGCUCCUGGAACGCUUUGCCGACGCCGAACCUGAUAGACACAUGGUUAUGCACUAUGUUCACAAAGUUGUUCCUGUCCAACAACGUACACCAACAACUGUAUUACUCCGGUUUGUCGAUGUUUCUGGUAGUAAAAGCGGCGAAGAUGUAUGCGCCGAUUUUCAAAGGAGGAUGCAUGAGAAUGUGGAAUGGGUUCGAAGAAUGGCUUUUGAAGAGAGGUACAACAGCUUUACUCUGCCGCAAAAUGUAUGGGGAGUGGAAAGGGUGUCCAUUUACGGAGCGUGUGCAGAGUUUGUUGAAAAGCUCGCACUCACCGGUCUUAAAUGGAACCCGGUAGAGGCACUCGAGCAAACAACUUGCACAUUCUGUAGUGCCACCCUUGCAUUUGAUAAUCCUUCCAUAGACCCCGUCAUCGCCCAUAAACAACACAAAGAUGCCAUGCGAUGCCGAUGUCCUUUUGUAUAUGCUCCCGGCGAGAUCCCUGCACCCACCCUCCCUGUGUACACUCUAAGAUGAAUUGGUAAUGCUAUGGCUGGUGAUUAUCAUGUGGAUAGAUGGGAUAUUGUGGAUAUCUUGUUAUUUUGUGGAUAUGCUCUUUCUUACGGGCAAGGGCACAGCGACAACACCGUUGUUCUCGCUUUGCGGCCAACAGGGCCAGGUAUUAUAAUACAGCUCUUAUGUACACACAC